AUGUUAUCAUCAAUAUCUGUUUCACUUUAGGAUUUAAGAGGAUUGAGAACCAUUUCAACAAAUGGUAUCUCGAAUUAUAGAGAUUCUUAAAGGAUGCCAAUAACCAAAACCAACUACAAAAGACAGUACUUAAAAGGAGCCUCAAAUAGAGUUAAGUCACUGAAAGAAGAAUGUAAUUUCGUUUAAUUGUGCAGCGAUAGAAAAGAUAAUGAGAAACUGUUUAAAUUUAAUCAGCAAGGUUAACUCCUAAACUAUAGGAAUUUUCAUCUUCAUAAAUAAUAACCACUUACUUAAAGGGAAUAAUAGAAUGAAAUCGAUAGUUUAAAUAAGAUCUCUUGUGGUAAAUAGAUGCACAAGAACUCAUCAUUGAAGUUGGUUACUGAUUCAAAUAAUCAAUUGAUUGAAUUAGUAUAUUCAGCUGAGCCAGUCAUAUAAAAAAAUAAAAAAACUAGUUCUAUUUCUAAUAUCCCAAAGAUAGAAGAAAGAAGCAGCAGCAUAAAUAAUACUCUUAACAGUAAAAGAAUUUAAUCUGCAAAUAAAAAUUUUUAAUUGAUAAUUUCAUCAGCAAGUAACAAGGAGGAUUUAUUAAUUAAAAGUACUUAAUCAACUUAAAAUUGUCUUUAAAAAGUUCAGACUAAAGAAACUAAGUUAGAUAGAAGUUUGAAAGGAAGAAUACCAAUUACAUUUGAUGGAACUAAGAAAUUUUUAAAGCAAUUUUUAUGA